AUGGGUGCAAGUGGUGAAAUAGGACAAUCAUUAGCACGUACAUGUAAACAUUUUGGUAUGUACGUUAAAGGAUUAGCUAAUUCACAACAAAACACAAAUGAAUUUGUUGAUGAAUGGUACCAGAGUAUUCCAACAACUGCAACAUUUGGUAUUCCUCGUGAAUUUUUAAUUAAUCUUGACUACUUAAUAUCAACUUUGCCAUCAACAUCACAAACAAAAAAUAUGUUAUCUGGUGACGUACUAUCAGUAUGUAAUGGUUCAAAUACGGUAUUUAUUAAUAUUGGUAGAGGUGAUAUUAUUGACGAACAAUCAUUAGUCAAUGCAUUAAAUAACAAUUAUAUUACACAUGCUAUUUUAGAUGUAUUUAUUGAUGAACCAUUACCUGUAACAUCUAGAUUAUAUGAUUUAGGUACAGACAAAAUACAAAUAACACCACAUUUUAGCGCAUCACUCUCAGUUGCUUCAUACGAUAUUGCACAAAUAUUUAUUCAGAAUUUAAAACGAUAUAUAAAUGGUGAAUCAUUGCUGUUUGUUGUAGAAUGGAAAAAAGGUUAUUAA